AGUUGCACCUUCUCCUUCUAGGAACUGGGCUUUUGUGUUCCCUUUUUGGAGAAAAUUGGAGGAAGCUUAUGCCUGUGGAUGCCGAGUGUUAAAGAACAAAACAAAUGGCCUGAGCUGAGAGACAGGCAUCCCCAACCCUGUGAGUGAAAAUGGCUGCAGAGCAGGGAGCAGAAAUCCCAGCAGCCUCCCUGGGUCUCCAGCUCCAGUCGGCACCAGAGGUCGGUGCGGAGACAGGAAUUAAAAUGGAGCGGGCGGAAUUGGCAAGGCUGGCACCAGAGAUGGAACUGGAAGAGGCAGGAGGCUCCUCUCCUGCCCUCCAGAAUGGGACGGAGGGGCCUUGGCUGAGCUGGACGGAGCCACGGGGCAUCAAAGAGGAGCCGGAAGAGGAGCUGUCGUCCCGGCAGUGGGAAGCCCAGUGGCAGGAGUUCCUCCGGACUGUGCAGGCCCCGCACUCUGGGGGAGAAGGAAGCCCACAACUCCCAGGGAAUGGGGCAUGGGGUGAGCUGAAGCCUUCUGGGUCCUCCUUUGAGGGAGCAGCCGUUCCCAGCCAGUGGGCUGGAGCAGGAGAGAGCAGGACCAGUCUCCCUCCAGGAUCAGCCCAGCCAGCCACUUCCAGACCAGACUCUGCCAGCCGGGGAAACAUCGGGCAAGCGAAGGAGAUCAAGACAGAGGAGGUCACCAGCUCAGAGGCUCAUCGCCAGCUCUUCAGGCAGCAAUGCUACCAGGACGCCCAGGGCCCUCGCGAGGUCUACGGCCUCCUGAGGGAGCUUUGCCAUCAGUGGCUGAGGCCAGAGAAGCACACCAAGGAGCAGAUCUUGGACCUGGUGAUCCUGGAGCAGUUCCUGGCUGUGCUGCCCUCGGAAAUGGGGAGCUGGGUGAAGGAGCGAGGCUCAGAGGACUGCAUCCAGGCCGUGACCCUGGCAGAGGAAUUUCUCCUGAGGCACCAAGAGGCGGAGAAAGCGGGACAGCAGGUGAGAGAAGCAUUUGGGGGUGUUACUCUCUUUCAGGGACUGGGGGCCGUUGAAGAGGGGGCAGUGUGCACUCCCAAAGGAGAACGUUCCUUGCCGGAUCCAGGCAGAAGACUUGAGCCCAGGGAAGUCCUGCAGAAUUACGAAAACAAGGCCCCUUUGGAUCGCUGGCAGGCAGAUGAACGCCAAGAGGAAAACCUCCCACUCGAGAGAGUCACGGAAGCGGCGUCUUUGCAGAGCUGCUUCCAAAGGACAACAGCGGAGACACCUUCCAGGGGCGAGGAGCGGGAAGAGACUUCCGAGCAUCAGCCGAGACCAAGAAUGCAGCAGAGGAACCACCGCAAGAACAGGCUGAGCAAAUCCAUCUCUUGCGCCGUCCGCCUUCUGCGGCGCCCGUGGAUCCAAGAGGCCACGAAACCGCACCGGUGCUCUUACUGCGGGAAGAGCUUUGAUGGCCCAUCGCACCUGAUCGUCCACGAGAGGAAGCACACCGGGGAGAAGCCCUACAGCUGUGCCACAUGCGGGAAGAGCUUUAGCCGCAAAUCGGGCCUGGUGAUCCACGUGAUGACCCACACGGGCGAGAAGCCCUUCAAGUGCUCGGCCUGCGGGAAGAGCUUCCGGCAGAGGUCCUGCCUCACCACCCACGAGAGAACCCACACGGGGGAGAAGCCCUACAAGUGCUCUGCGUGCGGGAAGAGCUUCCGGCAGAGGGCCUGCCUCGCCACCCAUGAGAAAACCCACACGGGGGAGAAGCCCUACAAGUGCUCGGCUUGCGGAAAGAGCUUCCGGCAGAAGUCCGGCCUCACCACCCAUGAGAAAACCCACAUGGGGGAGAAGCUCUACAAGUGCUCAGUCUGUGGGAAGAGCUUCCGGCAGAAGUCCUGCCUCACCACCCAUGAGAAAACCCACAUGGGGGAGAAGCCUUACAAGUGCUCAGCCUGCGGGAAGAGCUUCGGUCAGAAGUCCUGCCUCACCGCCCAUGAGAAAACCCACAUGGGGGAGAAGCCCUACCAGUGUCCCUCGUGCGGGAAGAGCUUCCGCUACAACUCACAGCUCGUCCGGCACCAGAGCAUCCACACGGAGGGGAAGCUGUAGAAGUGCUCCGUCUGCAGGAAGAGCUCCAGCUACAAGUCGGAACUUCUCCGACACGAGAGGACCCACACGCGGGAGAAACCGUACCAGUGCGACAAGUGCGGGUGGGGUUUCGUUUGGAAAUUGCAGCUCGUGAGCCACCAGCGGGUGCACAGAGAAGAGAAACCUUGGCACAGGAACCCGCUCGCUCUGGGGAAAGCGUUCGUCAUCACUCACUUCAUAUGAGGAGGCGGGAGGAUCUCAAGGAACAGAGGAAGCUGCCCUUCGACAGAGCCAGGCCGUUGGGUCCACCCAGCAUAGUUGCCACACUGACUGGAUGUGGCUGUCCAGACC